CAGUCUCGCCAUGAAGAUCGAACUGUUCACCUGCGGAGUCCUGCUGCUGGCCUUGAAGGCUCCAGGAAGUGAUGCCCAGCUCAGCGUUUGUGGCACUGCUCCACUCAACACCAAGAAGGAAAACAGGAUUGUUGGAGGUCAACAGGCGGCUGCCGGGGCCUGGCCCUGGCAGGCCAGUCUGCAGAUCCGAGGAGCUCUCUGUGGGGGGUCUCUAAUCAACAACCAGUGGGUCCUCAGUGCUGCUCACUGCUUCUCCAGCACCAGCACUUCAAAUGUGCAGAUUUACCUCGGAAGGUUAAACCUGCAAUCCACAAACACCAAUCAGGUGGUCCUGUCAGCGUCCCAGAUCAUUGUGCAUCCGAGCUACAACAGCAACACAAACAACAACGACUUGGCCCUGGUGAAGCUGUCCUCCACUGUGACGUUCACGGACUACAUCAGGCCCGUUUGUCUGGCGGCAGACGGCAGCGUCUUCCCAGGAGGCCUGGACAGCUGGGUCACCGGCUUUGGAACCACUAGCAGUGGCGGUACUGUUUCGAACACGCUGCAGGAGGUGGACGUUCCCAUCGUGACCAACAGCGACUGCAACAACUCGUACGGUUCGAUCACGAGCAACAUGCUGUGCGCCGGCCUGACUCAGGGAGGGAAAGACUCCUGUCAGGGGGACUCCGGCGGCCCGUUGGUCUGCAUAAACGGAACCACGUGGGUCCAGGCCGGAGUGGUGAGUUUUGGAAACGGCUGCGCUCAGGCCAAAUACCCGGGAGUCUACGCCCGAGUCUCGCAGUACCAGGCCUGGAUCAGCAGCCAGGUCACCGGAGACCAGCCGGGCUUUGUCAACUUCCAGAACAGUUCCAAUACGACGGUAACGACGGGAACAACGGGAACAAACGGAGCGGCUCAUGUCAUCUCCCUGUCCGUCCCCCUGCUGCUGUCCAUCCCGCCUGUCGUCUUCACUAUGUUCGUCCUCUCAUGAGACAUUUAAUGAAGCCUGGACUCACCUGGCCAGGUCCAACCAUCAGCUUAGAGUCAGAAUCUGUAAAAAAAAAUACCUCAUUCAUCCUGAAACGUUCUGAGGUUCUGCACAGAAACAAAUAAUUCCACUUCCUGUCCAGUGCUUUUAUUUUACAAAACAACAAGCAUCUAUAAUUUCAAUCUGUCCAACGCAAAUAACUACAUUUAUCUCGUUUUUUUUUAAAGCAAUUUAAUUUAGACAUCAAUAAAACUUGUUUUUUUUUAAAAUAUGCAAUAAUAAUCAAU